AUGAUUUCACUGGAAAUUUAUCUCAUUGUUAGUUGCAUUUGUCUUUCCUCUUGGAAUGGAAGUCAUUGUACGCAAAAAGUAAAAAGCGAAAUUGAAUGUUUACCAGGCUAUAUUAGAGAUGAAUGCGAAAUUCCUUUAUGUAAACAUGGUUAUGCUUUAAACAAUACUGGUUCGAGCACGAAUUACACAUGUUAUUGUGAUAAAGGUUGGAAUCACACUCAUACUAAUGAUCCAUGUGACAAGGACAUAGACGAAUGUAAACUAUAUCCGAAUAUAUGCAAGAACGGUGGAAGUUGCAGCAACACCAAUGGUUCAUACAUAUGUAAUUGUAUUGGACCAUGGGAAGGUGAAAACUGCACAUAUUAUAAUGCAUGCAGAUCAAAUCCUUGUGCAAAUCAGGGAGAAUGUGCAAAAACAGGAAAUGAUACCGACAGAACGUAUAAAUGUGCAUGUCAACUUGGUUAUAAAGGUGAAAACUGUACUUUGGACGUUGAUGAGUGCUCUCUUAACACAACUAGUAUAUGCGUACAUGGAAAUUGCUCCAAUAGUAUUGGUUCGUACAAAUGCACAUGCGAAAUUGGAUGGACAAGCAAAAGUUGUAACAAAACUUUAACCAAAACGACAACAAAUACAACUGAAACAACAAAUGACAGCAGUCUUGCAAUGAAAGAAACAAAAGACGGAUUGCCAAUUAUUGUUGGAGCAAGUGUUGGCGGGGUUAUUAUUGCAGUUGCAGUUGUUGGUAUAUACCUAUACAAAAGGAAACGAGCAAGGAUUGCCUCGGAAGAUAUAGCAGGAGACACCGGAAGCAAUGAAAUUUCAAAAACCGAACAUGUUGCACCGGAGAGCACCACUGAAUUGAAUGCAUUCACUUCUGAUGAUUGAAACCAUGUCAAACCGAUACUUUUAAGCCUGAGAUAUAUUGCACUUAAAAUUGUCUCAAGCUCAAUGCACGUGUAUCAUUUGGACAAGAAUAAUUCAUUCAUUGAUAAACUAUUUAAC